AAGCGAAGCUUUCGCAUGGUGCAGAGCACCCGAAAGAAAAUAAAUAAAGAAAGAAGGGGAAAAUGUUUAUAACAGAAAUCUUUGAAACCCUGUAAUGGUGGCCAGAGAGUUCGGUUUGAUGUUGUGAAGCGGACUCGCGGCUUCCAGAUCGGCUCAGACGGCCGUUUCCGGAGUGCAAGGGAUAUUUUUUCGGAGCCCGGAAUCGUUAAUUUGGCCUCCAUUUCAGCCUAGGGAAGCUCUGACUGAGUGGUUACAGACUUUUCGGCCGAGAAAUUUGUUGUUUUUGGAUACAAAUUUGGUCAGAAAAUGUAUGUGUAUUGCGACAUCAUUGGAGGCUAUUAUUAGAAGGAUAUACGUGAAUUCUUGGAUAGUAUUUUGUGUUGUAACUGGGAGAUUUUAGGGUGGGGAAGGGAGAAUUAUAUGGUAUAAGCUCCUUGGCAGCCAUGGUGGUGGAGGGCCAGGGCGGCUGUUUUCUUCCACAGAUUUUACCUAAAUCCUGCGAAAAACUAGAUCAGCAGCAGCAUUGGUAUUUCAGCUGCAGCAUUGGUAUGCCAUGUUUGUUUGAGCUGCCAAAGAUCAAGAUUUCGAGUUCCAUGGGUGAAAAGGGAAAAGAAAGAGAAUUUCAACCCCCUCGUAAGGUCAGAAAAUUGGUUGGCAUUCCGGUUCUGUGUGGGUCUAGGCAGUGUAGCUUUUCUGCACAAUCAUCUUCACCUGAGUGCACUGACUGCUCCGGGCAGGGGGGAUCAAAUGAGGGGUCAAAUGAUAAUAUUAUUCCUGGUCUUGAUGAAAAUAAUAUUGCCAUGAAUUGCCUUGCCAGAUUAUCAAGAUCGGACUAUAAUAACCUGGCUCUGGUGAAUCGGAGAUUGAAUUCUUUGGUUCGAAAUGGGGAGCUUUAUGUUCUGAGGAGGCAGCUUGGAAUUGUAGAGCAUUGGAUCUAUUGUCUAUGCAAUUUGGUUGCAUGGGAGGCCUUCGAUCCAAAGAAGCAGCAAUGGAUGCGUUUGCCCCAGAUUCCUUCUGAUGAAUGCUUUACUUUAUCAGAUAAGGAGUCUCUGGCAGUAGGUACUGAAUUGCUUGUGUUCGGGAGAGAAGUUUACGGAUUCGCUAUCUGGAGAUACAGUAUUUUGACGCACAGUUGGUCUAGGGCCCCAUCAAUGAAUCAGCCCAGAUGUUUGUUUGGUUCUGGUAGCUCUAAGGAGAGGGCGAUUGUUGCGGGGGGUUGUGAUACUCUUGGGAAUGUGCUUAAAUCGGCAGAGCUUUAUAAUUCAGAGCUGGGCACUUGGGAAAUGCUGCCUGAUAUGCAUUCCCCCCGAAAACUCUGCUCAGGGUUUUUCAUGGAUGGCAAGUUCUAUGUCAUCGGUGGCAUGAAAAGUAAUACAGAGUCUCUGACUUGUGGCGAAGAAUAUAAUCUUGAAACCAGAACAUGGCGGAGGAUUCCAGAUAUGUAUCCCGGUGGCAACGGAGCUGCGCAUGCACCACCCUUGGUUGCGGUAGUGAACGAUCAGCUUUAUGCUGUAGAAUAUUCACAGAAUGAAAUAAAAAAAUACAAUAAGGAAACCAAUUCGUGGAAUGUGUUGGGAAGUUUGCCUGUGAGAGCAGAUUCAACAAAUGGUUGGGGUCUUGCAUUUAAGGCCUGUGGAAAUGAGCUGAUUAUAAUUGGAGGGCAGAGAGGACCUGAAGGUGAAACCAUUGAGAUUGAUUCAUGGCAUCCGACAGCUGAUGGAGAACCUUUGCAAUGGGAUGUGCUGGGAAAAAAGGAGCAUGCUGGAGUUUUUGUUUAUAAUUGUGCAGUAAUGGGAUGCUAAUUUUUUUCACUCUUGAUCUUGUCAGGUCUGUUCUAUUUAUUCACAGAACUCCUGAACAAGAAUGCACUGAUUUUAUGGUAGCAGGUAUGAUUUUUUAUGUCUUGGCAUCAGCAAAAGUGGAAUAUGUAGUUUAUUGAUGGUAAUGAGAUCAGAUCUCAAGUCAUCAGUGAUAGUUUCAAAUCUCUCAAUCAAGCAGACAAUAUGUUUUUUAGGUAUUCUCAAGUUCAAUGUUCUCCAAUAUGUUUCCAAAAAAAAAUCUAAAAAGCUUACCCUGGUCAGGCUUCAUGAUCCUAGAAGUGAUUGUGCAGAAGAGCAGAGAUGGAUAAAUUAUGGCAAGUCUCAUGUUUCUUCCAUGUAAAGGCUAAUACAGAGCCAUUUAAAUAGCAACUUUUGGAAAGUUUACAUCAAAAAGUAAUGAAAACAUAUUUAUCUUUCAUCAUUA